CGAGCCUGAAGUACUCACGUGGGUUUAGGGUUCUCGGUAAAAAAAAAACGGGAAAGACUGAUGAUACCAAAAUAAAUUCAGAAAUGUUAGAACUUUGAAUCGUAAUUUUAAACAAUUAAAUGCCGCUGUACGAGCUACAGUUAAUUUUCUUUGAAAAACAUUGAAUUUAUUUAUAAAUAAUUCAUAAUUUAAAGCAAAUAAAAUGAAUAAUACAUAUGAGAAAAAAUAAAUUCUUAGGACGAUACGAACACCAAACUACCAGACGUACUGCUGGAGUAAUCCAGUUUACAUUUAACAUCAUUUCAUCUACGUACCCUAACGUCACGAGUCAUAUAUCAGGUAUAUAUGAGUGAAUCACGACUAACGUAGUGGUUCUAACAACGACUCUAACAAAGAGACUCGCAUAUAUCUACUCUAAAAAUAACAAACGCUUUUUAACAUGAGGCAGUGGAGUAUGUGGUGCUGGUAGUAGCCAUUACCUGAGUGAAGUCCCUUGAGAGUGGAGUGCUGACGGUGUUUACCACAUAGGAACGCUGUUAACCAAUGUUUUAAGACUCCCUAGGGAGUAUCUGGGUCCUAGCGAAUAUCCUGGGAUCUAUCCGUGUACUCAGGCGCCUGAGCCUGGAUAGGAUAAGAUUUGUUUGAAUUUUUAACCCUGAGGUUUAGCCACCCAGGAUAACUACAAUAAUGUCAGUGCGUCACCAGGGACUAACACCCAGGAACCUACUUACUGCUAGGUGAACAUGAACAGCAGGUGUAAGGAAACAUAUCCAACGCUUUCAACUAUGCCGGAGAUGGAACCACAGACACUCAGUAUGCAAGGCGAGUGCGUUGCCAACCGAGCCAUGGGACUCUAUACCACUAUGAAUGCAUCACUCGGCAGGUCGCCAGGAUAUGAUUCAAAAAUUCCCAGGAAACAUGUCAGUGAAUGUGCUGUUUCCUUGAUGAAGCCACCAGACAACUGCUGCCACCGACUACUGGCUACAUACAACACAAACUGCCAAGCCCGCCUGCCUGCUGAAGUUGGUGUGUCUGAGCGACAGGCAGUGACUGAAAUGGAGUGACUGAACUGCUACUGGACCACUGUUUACUGUACCCUGGCUGGGAGAGUGGUCUGUUGGACCAUGUUACUCUCACUCACGAGUUGACCAAGAUAUAACAAGUCCGUCCUGUAUCGCUACCUGAGGAGACUAAUGUGUGUGUGGUGACCUGGGAGAGAACACUACAUUGCUGCCACAACAUUUAUCUGUAAAUCUUGAUACUUGGUUAGUUGUGUUACGCCUGAGUGGAUAGUUUAUUGUGCACCCGCAGCUCAUCCUGUGAACGGCUGCGCAAUAAACAGGAUUACAGAUGUCACAAUAGGUCUUUGUCAGAUCCCCCUGAGCAUUGUUAUAUCACUAGAAAGGAAUAUUAGUAAUUUUAUAUUCUAUAAUUGCUUAAUAUAGCUGUUGUACACUGUACAGUAAGAAACACAAAAAUUUACCAUUAAAAAAUGUUCAUAACUGGGUUGUAAUCUCUUUGAAUUCAUUUCGUUCAUUUCGUCGAUGCAGAUUUCGGAACCUCAAGAUGUCGGAUAUUAACAAUGAGGUACAGAAAUAUAACCCGCACACAUGAGAGAGGAGCUUACGAUAACGUUUCGGUCCGACUUGAACCAUUUGCAAAGUCACACAAACAGGAAGGAGAGAAGGAGCCUGCUAAGUGUGACUUUGCAAAUGGUCCAAGUCUGACCGAAACGUCGUCGUAAGCUCAUCUCUAUA